UAGACGAAUAUAGCAUAAACCCAAACCGCCUGCAAUUUACCAUCUUCUGUCAAACUGUAACCAAAAAUCUACCAUCUUGCAGAAGAAACAGGGCCUCAAUUCUUUAAUAAAAAGCAUCCCAUACCAUUUUUCUUAUCAUUUCCUCAAUCAAGAUCAUCAUCAUCUUCCACGCUAUCUCUACAAUCCAAACAAGAUCAAUGGCCAGAGUAAUAACAGUAGCCCAAGACGGUACCGGCGAUUACCGGACAUUGCAAGAGGCAAUAGACACCGUACCCUUCUCCAACACUUGCCGUACUGUCAUCCGUCUCUCUCCGGGGAUCUACCGGCAGCCUGUUUACAUCCCCAAGACUAAAAACCUCAUCACCGUCGCCGGAAUCAGCCCUGAACUCACUCUCCUAACCUGGAACAAUACCGCCACUAAAAUUGAUCACCACCAGCCAGCACGACUGAUUGGAACGGGAACGUUUGGAUGUGGUAGUACCAUUGUGGAAGGAGAGGACUUCAUUGCUGAAAAUAUCACGUUUGAGAACUCUGCUCCCGAGGGCUCUGGGCAGGCUGUGGCUAUCAGAGUGACGGCUGAUCGAUGUGCUUUCUACAAUUGCAGAUUUCUUGGGUGGCAGGAUACCUUAUAUUUGCAUCACGGGAAACAAUAUUUAAAAGAUUGUUACAUUGAGGGAAGUGUGGACUUCAUUUUCGGGAAUAGCACUGCCUUGCUGGAGCACUGUCACAUUCACUGCAAAUCAGCCGGCUUUAUAACCGCCCAGAGUCGAAAAUCUUCUCAAGAGACAACUGGUUAUGUGUUUUUAAGGUGUGUCAUUACUGGCAACGGAGGAACACAAUAUUCAUAUCUUGGGCGGCCGUGGGGACCGUUUGGGAGGGUGGUUUUUGCAUACACGUAUAUGGAUGCAUGUAUCAAGCACCAUGGAUGGAAUAACUGGGGCAAAACCGAGAAUGAGAGAUCUGCUUGCUUUUACGAGUACAGAUGUUUUGGGCCUGGAAGUUGCGCAGAUAAACGUGUAACAUGGGCGAGAGAAUUAGUUGAUGAAGAAGCUGACCAGUUCCUGAUGCAUUCUUUCAUUGACCCGAACUCAGAAAGGCCUUGGCUGGCUCAAAGAAUGGCUCUUCGAGUACCUUAUUCUGCUUAAAUUCCUCGUAUCUAUCUAUGGUUUAAUUACCGAAAGUCAGUUUGACAAAUAACGAAGAUGGUCAACCAAUUUGAAAAAUAUUUGUUUCAAAAUCAACUAAAAGGAUUUCGAUAGUGAAUUGCCACGCAAGAUUUUGUGACACAAGUUUUAUGACCAUCGUUAAUCUAGAGAAUAAAGAUGAGUGUCGAAUUGGUAUAACAGUUAUAUUGUUAUUAGCACGUUGUCGUAAUGUUGUAUUUGUCCUCUUGAUAAUUAAGGUUUUACUUCGGGUAUCCAUCUUCUUGAGAUUGAGAUUGUAUGAUCACUUAUAUUAUUGUAUUGUAUAAUAGAAGGCAUAGAUGUGUUGAGUAAA